GGGAGCGCCCGGACACUGCGCGCAUCCGGACCCAGCCGAGCCCCGACGAGCCCCUAGGACCCUUCGCCCCGAUCUCACGCCCCUCCCCUCCCCUCCCAGCCCCCAGCCCCGCGGGUUCCCACCCCCUUCGGCUUCCCUCCUUCCUCCCCCGCGGGCGCCCGCAUCUCCAUCCCCAGCAUCCUCCCCGCGCCCCUGCGAAUCCUCCGCACGACCAGCCCCUAGAGCUCCCCUCCCUUCUCCAGACCCCUCUCCGACCCCCCCACCAGCGGCUCCCAGCCCCCGAGUCUCCGUCCCCCGCCCCGGCUCUUCUCCCCCAGCCUCCAGUUCCCCUCUCCUGCUCCCCUUCCCUCGCUCUUCCCUCUCUGCCCCCCAGCCGCUGUCCUUCCCGCCGCCCCCGCCCACCUCAGCGCCCCCACCCAGACCGGGGCGCACGGCCCGCCGCGCCUCCGUGGAGCAGCACCAAGGUCCCGGGGUUCCUGCGGGGUGGGGGCGCAGGGCGGGGAGCAUGGGGAGGGGGCGCCCCGUGUGAUGGGAGGGGGGCGGCGGCGGAGGCGGCGGAGGCGGCGGCGACAGGGGAGCCGGGCCGGGGGCUCAGCGGGGGCCGGGGGCUGGGGGCGGCGAGCAGGGCAGCCCCAUGGCCGGGCCCCCCUGAGGCAGUCCGGGGGCGUCCCCUGCGCUCCCCAGCUCGGGGGUCUCGGGGCCCCAUGAGCCGGGGCGCGGGCGCGCUUCAGCGCCGGACAACGACCUACCUCAUCUCGCUGACCCUCGUCAAGCUCGAGUCGGUGCCGCCGCCGCCGCCCUCCCCGUCGGGGACCAGGGGCGCGGAGCCGGGGGAGCCUGGCAGCCCCCGGGGCGCGGAGGAGCCGGGCAAGAAGCGGCACGAGCGGCUCUUCCACCGGCAGGAUGCGUUGUGGAUCAGCACGAGCAGCGCGGGCGCGGGGGGCGCGGAGCCCCCCGGCCUGUCCCCCGCGCCGGCCAGCCCGGCCCGCCCGGUGUCCCCCGCGCCCGGCCGCCGCCUGUCCCUCUGGGCCGCGCCUCCAGGACCCCCGCUCUCCGGGGGGCUGAGCCCCGACCCCAAGCCUGGGGGCGCCCACACCUCCCGGCGCCCCCUGCUCAGCAGCCCGAGCUGGGGGGGGCCGGAGCCCGAAGGCCGGGCGGGCGGCGGCGUCCCGGGCUCGUCGUCCCCGCAUCCCGGCACCGGCAGCCGUAGGCUCAAGGUGGCGCCGCCCCCGCCGGCGCCCAAACCUUGCAAGACCGUGACCACGAGCGGCGCCAAGGCCGGGGCCAAGGGCGCGGGCAGCCGCCUGUCAUGGCCCGAGAGCGAGGGCAAACCGAGGGUGAAGGGGUCAAAGAGCGGCGCCGGGACUGCAGCCGCCGCCGGCGGAGGAGGGGCGGCAGCCGCGACCUCUGGUGGGGUCGGGGCUGGAUCCGGAAGCCGAGGGAAGCUGUCCCCUCGGAAAGGCAAGAGCAAGACCUUGGACAACAGUGACUUGCACCCGGGACCGCCUGCCGGCUCUCCUCCGCCGCUAACCAUCCCAGUCACCACGGCUCCAGCCGCUGCUGUUACCACCGCCUCCGGGCAGCCCACAGGGCCUCCAAUCACUCUGGAACCUCCAGCUCCCGGGCUGAAACGGGGCCGGGAGGGGGGCCGAGCGUCUACUCGAGAUCGCAAGAUGCUCAAGUUUAUCAGCGGCAUCUUCACCAAGAGCACAGGGGGGCCUCCUGGCUCCGGGCCCCCACCCGGACCCCAGGGCCUAUCUUCUGGCAGCGGGUCCAGGGAGCUGCUGGGCGCAGAGCUCCGUGCUUCCCCUAAGGCUGUGGUCAAUAGCCAGGAAUGGACUUUAAGCCGAUCUAUUCCUGAACUGCGCCUGGGUGUUCUGGGAGAUACCAGGAGUGGGAAGUCGUCCCUCAUUCACCGAUUCCUGACUGGGUCAUACCAGGUGCUGGAGAAGACAGAGAGUGAGCAGUACAAGAAAGAGAUGUUGGUGGACGGACAGACUCAUCUGGUGCUGAUCCGAGAGGAAGCUGGAGCACCUGAUGCCAAGUUCUCAGGCUGGGCAGAUGCUGUCAUCUUGGUCUUCAGCCUAGAGGAUGAGAGCAGUUUCCAGGCUGUGAGCCGUCUCCAUGGGCAGCUGAGCUCCCUUCGGGGGGAGGGCCGAGGAGGCCUGGCACUGGCACUGGUGGGGACACAAGACAGGAUCAGUGCUUCCUCCCCCCGGGUGGUAGGCGAUGCGCGUGCCCGGGCUCUGUGUGCAGAUAUGAAGCGCUGCAGCUACUAUGAGACUUGUGCAACCUAUGGGCUCAACGUGGACCGGGUCUUCCAGGAGGUGGCCCAGAAGGUGGUGACUCUUCGCAAACAGCAACAACUCCUGGCUGCCUGCAAGUCCCUGCCAAGCUCUCCAAGCCACUCAGCUGCUUCCACACCUGUAGCUGGCCAAACUAGUAACGGUGGCCACACUAGCGACUACUCCUCUUCCCUCCCGUCUUCACCCAAUGUUGGUCACCGGGAGCUCCGAGCGGAGGCAGCAGCUGUAGCUGGACUGAGCACCCCGGGCUCUCUUCACCGAGUAGCCAAGCGCAGGACUAGUCUCUUUGCGAAUCGUCGGGGCAGUGAUUCUGAGAAGCGGAGUUUGGACAGUAGGGGAGAGACGACGGGGAGCGGGCGAGCCAUCCCUAUCAAGCAGAGCUUCUUACUAAAGCGCAGUGGCAACUCCUUGAACAAAGAAUGGAAGAAGAAAUACGUGACCCUGUCCAGCAAUGGCUUCCUCCUCUACCACCCCAGCAUCAAUGAUUACAUCCACAGUACCCACGGCAAAGAAAUGGACUUGCUACGAACAACAGUUAAAGUCCCUGGCAAACGACCCCCACGAGCCAUCUCUGCUUUUGGCCCCUCAGCCAGCAUCAACGGACUGGUCAAGGACAUGAGCACUGUCCAGAUGGGGGAAGGCCCAGAAGCCACCACUCCCACCCCGAGUCCCAGCCCUAGCCCCAGCUCCCUGCAGCCACCACCGGAUCAGACAUCCAAGCACCUGCUGAAGCCAGACCGGAAUUUGGCCCGAGCCCUCAGCACAGAUUGUACCCCGUCUGGAGACCUGAGCCCCCUGAGUCGGGAACCCCCUCCUUCUCCCAUGGUGAAGAAGCAGAGGAGGAAAAAAUUGACAACACCUUCUAAGACUGAAGGCUCAGCUGGACAAGCUGAAGCCAAGCGCAAAAUGUGGAAACUAAAAUCCUUUGGUAGUUUAAGAAAUAUUUAUAAAGCAGAGGAAAACUUCGAGUUCCUAAUUGUGUCCAGUACUGGCCAGACCUGGCACUUUGAGGCGGCCAGUUUUGAGGAGCGGGAUGCCUGGGUCCAAGCCAUUGAGAGCCAGAUCCUAGCCAGUCUGCAGUGCUGUGAGAGCAGCAAGGUCAAGCUGCGCACAGACAGCCAAAGCGAAGCCGUGGCCAUCCAGGCGAUCCGGAACGCCAAGGGCAACUCCACCUGCGUGGACUGCGGGGCCCCCAACCCCACGUGGGCCAGCCUGAACCUGGGUGCGCUCAUCUGCAUCGAGUGUUCCGGCAUUCACCGCAACCUGGGCACACACCUGUCCCGCGUUCGCUCGCUCGACUUGGACGACUGGCCGCGGGAGCUGACCCUGGUGCUGACGGCCAUUGGCAACGACAUGGCCAACCGCGUGUGGGAGAGUGACACGCGAGGCCGCGCCAAGCCCACGCGGGACUCUUCGCGGGAGGAGCGCGAGUCGUGGAUCCGUGCCAAGUACGAGCAGCUGCUGUUCCUGGCCCCGCUGGGCGCCGCCGAGGAGCCGCUGGGUCUCCAGCUGUGGGCUGCGGUGCAGGCCCAGGACGUGGCCGCCGUCCUCCUCCUUCUGGCCCACGCGCGACACGGGCCGCUAGACACCAGCGUGGAGGACCCGCAGCUCCGCUCCCCGCUGCACCUGGCGGCCGAGCUCGCCCACGUCGUCAUCACGCAGCUGCUGCUGUGGAACGGCGCCGACGUGUCGGCUCGCGACGCGCAGGGCCGCACCGCGCUCUUCUACGCCCGCCAGGCGGGCAGCCAGCUGUGCGCCGACAUCCUGCUGCAGCACGGCUGCCCGGGCGAGGGCGGCAGCGCGGCCACCACCCCCAGUGCCGCCACCACCCCCAGCAUCGCCGCCACGCCCAGCCCCCGCCGCCGGAGCAGCGCCGCCAGCGUGGGCCGCGCCGACGCCCCCAUCGCGCUGGUAUAGUUGCCCAGCGGGGGCCACCCCCACACCCACACGGGCCGGGCACCACCACACCCGGCGGACCGCGGGACAGAUGCACCCACUCACCUCUCCAGUCUACACCGCACCCCACCCCACGGGAGCACUCCUUCCCCCCUCCACGCCUCCCCGGAGACACAAACUCACCUCCCUCUCCCCGACGAGCAUGGAGACCCCAGCUCUGCACGUCCAGUCCACUGUGCCCUCACGGAUUGCGACCCGCGCUGGGCGACCCGCUGCUGUGUGCGGAGGGGCCAGGCUGCGGGCGCCCCCUGGCGGCGGGAGGAGGCCCCGCGCUCCGGCCGGCGGGGGCGCCCACCCAGGCUGGCUCCUGGGGCCACGCCGCGCGCGGGGAGGGGCGGGCACGGGGCAGGGCCAGCCUCGGACCCGGGGCCGGUCUGGGGGACCCAGCCCCUUCCACGUUCAUCUCACUGCCAGGUGAAGGAGGAAGGGCAGCGAGGGGCAGGACCCCUGCUGCCCCUGGGGGCAGGGGGUCCCCAACCCUUUCCGUGAAAGGGACCAUGAGGAGUGGAAAUCAGGACUCGCCCACGCGCCCCCCACGGACUGAAGCCGAGAGGCCGGGGCAGCCAGAGCCUGGGUCCCUCCUGCACGCUAUCUUGGGAGGGAAGGAAGGGUGGAGCAAGAGUGGGCUACGGGGACUGGGGAGGGGCCUUGUAAUUUAUUGCUUUGCUCCCCUUCGAGGGGGCAGGGGUGGGCAGGGGGCUUGGGGAGGGCGUGUCAGUGUAGGGGAAGCCGGGGGUGGGGUGGGGUGGGGUGGGGUGGGGGUGCUCUUGGGUUGUGUCUGUGACCGUGACUGCGUCCCUGUGACUGUGCAGUGCCCGUGGUGAUGUGAGGUGGGGGCACCCCUGCCGUGGGACCCCUCUCCCGCUGUUCUCCCGUCCAGCCCCCCUCCCUCCUGGAGCAACUCCGGACCCCUCCCUCGACCCCAUGACCCCUCCCAGCCAGGGCUACGGAGAUGUGAGGUGGCUGGGAGGAUUUCCAGGCCCCCUACCGCAACCCCCCCACAAAAGGGGCGAGGUGGAGUGGACCCGCCUGGCCCUGCCCCGCCUCCUCAAUCCACCCAGCCCGUGGGCCGUCUGUGUCAGUGGUUUCCGGUCUUUUUAUUUUAUUUUAUUUUUCUCUCUCGGCUAAACUAUUUUGCAAAGGACCAGGUAAUUGAGGAGGGGAGAGGGGUGGGGGGCAGAGGGGAAAGCCCCUUUCAUCUCUUCCGAGGCAGGUGGUGUGAAUCUUCUUCAACAGCAAUUAAAGAGGAAGUGAUUUUGUCUA